AAGAUGCAGACCGAAUCUUGAAAACAUCCUCCGUACUUUUUGUUGCUAUUGAAGAGAUUGGUGAAGGAUUUUGUAAACCUGAGAACUCUUAGAUUUCCUUAGCUAAAUUUCAACCUAGAAUCAGUGGGAUCUUAGUGUGUUUCUGCAAAGAAAUAAAGAUGACGUAAACCCCCCCUCUACUUCCUGGUGCCUUCAAUACCUGAGUGUAAGCCAGAAGCAUAUUUUCUUCUCUAGGAACAGUGGAUCCUGAAGAUAAUCUCAGGAAGACAGAGAUGUCAAUAACCCCAUGCCUAACCGAGGAGGCAAUGGACUAGCUCCCGGGGAUGACAGAUUCAAACCUGUGGUACCAUGGCCUCAUGUUGAAGGAGUAGAAGUGGACUUAGAGUCUAUUAGAAGAAAAAACAAAGCUAAAAACGAACAAGAGCACCAUGCUGGAGGAGACUCCCAGAAAGACAUAAUACAGAGGCAGUAUCUCACUUUUAAGCCUCAGACAUUUACCUACCGUGAUCCUGUGCUACGCCCAGGGAUCCUUGGUAACUUUGAACCCAAAGAACCUGAGCCUCAUGGAGUGGUUGGUGGCCCUGGAGAGAAUGCCAAGCCAUUGGUUUUGGGACCAGAAUUCAAACAUGCAGUUCAAGCCAGCAUUAAAGAGUUUGGAUUUAACAUGGUGGCAAGUGACAUGAUCUCACUGGACCGCAGCGUCAAUGACUUACGUCAAGAAGAAUGCAAGUAUUGGCAUUAUGAUGAAAACCUGCUCACUUCGAGCGUUGUCAUUGUGUUCCAUAAUGAAGGCUGGUCCACCCUCAUGAGAACAGUCCACAGUGUGAUUAAAAGGACUCCAAGGAAAUAUUUAGCAGAAAUUGUAUUAAUCGAUGAUUUCAGUAACAAAGAACACUUAAAAGAGAAACUGGAUGAAUAUAUUAAGCUGUGGAAUGGCCUUGUAAAGGUAUUUCGAAAUGAGAGAAGAGAAGGUUUAAUUCAAGCACGAAGUAUUGGUGCUCAGAAGGCUAAACUCGGACAGGUUUUGAUAUACCUUGAUGCCCACUGUGAGGUGGCAGUUAACUGGUAUGCACCACUUGUAGCUCCCAUAUCUAAGGACAGAACCAUUUGCACUGUGCCGCUUAUAGAUGUCAUAAAUGGCAACACAUAUGAAAUUGUACCCCAAGGGGGUGGUGAUGAAGAUGGGUAUGCCCGAGGAGCAUGGGAUUGGAGUAUGCUCUGGAAACGGGUGCCUCUGACCCCUCAAGAGAAGAGACUGAGAAAGACAAAAACUGAACCGUAUCGGUCCCCAGCUAUGGCUGGGGGAUUGUUUGCCAUUGAACGAGAGUUCUUCUUUGAACUGGGUCUCUAUGAUCCAGGUCUCCAGAUUUGGGGCGGUGAAAACUUUGAGAUCUCAUACAAGAUAUGGCAGUGUGGUGGCAAAUUAUUGUUUGUCCCUUGUUCUCGUGUUGGACACAUCUACCGUCUCGAGGGCUGGCAAGGAAAUCCUCCACCUGUUUCUGUUGGUUCUUCUCCAACUCUAAAGAAUUAUGUUAGAGUUGUCGAGGUCUGGUGGGAUGAAUACAAAGACUACUUCUACGCCAGUCGUCCUGAAUCAAAGGCAUUACCAUACGGGGAUAUAUCGGAGCUGAAAAAAUUUCGAGAAGAUCACAACUGCAAAAGCUUCAAGUGGUUCAUGGAAGAAAUAGCUUAUGAUAUCCCAUCACACUACCCUUUGCCACCCAAAAAUGUGGAAUGGGGAGAAAUCAGAGGCUUUGAAACUGCUUACUGCAUCGAUAGCAUGGGGAGAACAAAUGGAGGCUUUGUUGAACUAGGACCCUGCCACAGGAUGGGAGGGAAUCAGCUUUUCAGAAUCAAUGAAGCAAAUCAACUCAUGCAGUAUGACCAGUGUUUGACAAAGGGGACUGAUGGAUCAAAAGUUAUGAUUACACACUGUAAUCUAAAUGGAUUUAAGGAAUGGCAGUACUUCAAGAACCUGCACAAAUUUACUCACAUUCCUUCAGGAAAGUGCUUAGAUCGCUCAGAGGUCCUACAUCAAGUAUUCAUCUCCAAUUGUGACUCCAAUAAAAUGACUCAAAAGUGGGAAAUGAAUAACAUUCAUAGUGUUUAGAAAGAAUAAAAGAAACCAAUAACCUACCUACUGACAAGUAAAUUUAUACAGGACUGAAAACCGCCUGAAACCUGCUGCAACUAUUAUUAUUAACUCUGUACAGCUCCAAACCCAGAACCUCCUGAUCAGUUUGAAGGACAUUGAUAAACUGUGAUUUUACAAUAACAUUAUCAUCUGCAGUUACUGUUUACAAAACUGCUUUUACCUUAAACUUUGUAGAUGUUUACAUCUUUUUUGUUUUGUUUUUAGAUGAUGUUGGUAAUCUGUGCCUUUAGCUCUGUUUUAUUAGAAUAGAGUUAAAAGCAUGUUGUCUUCUUUGGGAUUACACUCAGGGGUCUGAAAGGCAGUUUGAUUUUUUUUUUUUUUUUAAACACACUUGAAGAAAGGUUGGAGUAACCGGACUUUCAUAUAUGAAUUGGUAAUUAUCAACCUGUUGUGUCUUUAUUUAAUUUUACAUCUUUUUGAAGCACUGCCACAGGUUAUUAGCCAAGGUGGCCUUCCUUCACAGUCAUGCUGCUUUUUUGAAAGGUGAAUUUCAACACAUUUAGUGCCUCUUUCAUUUCUCAGUAUAUAUUUCAAGAGCUUUUGAUGAAAUUUAUAGGAUGGUAAUGAUGGAAUUGUCACCUGUAUGGGGAAUACUUUUACUACUCAGAAAUGAAUUUAUGUGCUGCCCUUUGCUAUGAAGUUGAAUGUUAUUUAGCUUAAAAAAGAAAUAAUAUGGAACAUCCCAAGUUAUUCCAGAGAGUUUGAAGUUGUGUGGCAUUAUCUUCCUUACCUGCUGGCAUUCCCAGUGCCCUCUGUUCAUGCCAACACCUAGGAUUGCAAAGGAGUCUUCUAACUAGAGAAACUGUCCACUAACAUUUGGGAUUUACUUUUCUUCAGUAUCUGUCACUAUAGAAAACUAUAAAUAAUUCUCAAUUUUGAAACUUGAAAGGGGAGUAACAAAAAACAACAAAACACCACUAUAAACAUGUCAAAGGUUCAUUCUGACUGAAGAAUUUCCAAGCCCUUAUUAGAUUAAGCCUUAUAAAAUUCCUGUGCAUUAUAACCUAAGCUGUGCAACCUAUGAAUCCAAGAGUGAAUUGAUGUUUCAUUUUUAUCUUCAUCCAAAUGAAAUUCCCUGCAUGUUUUUAAAAUUUAAAAAAAAAGACUAUUUAGGAAUAUAGUUCAUUAGCAAAUGUUUAAAUACUUAAUGUUAGAUUGGGUGUUAAUUCCCUAGUGUUUCUUAAUUUCUUUUGAGGAAUCAUAUUUUUAUUAGUACUUUUCCAGUGAAAAGAUUUAUUUGGAUUUAAACAUUUAUUAAGAUAGUACCUACUAUAGGAGAACCAAAUACUACAAAUGGUUAAUUAGAUUUUAAUUUCUAAAUAAAUAUCUUUUGUCACCCGAAAGAUUAAAAUGCCUAAAUUGAGUGCUUAAUAAAACAAUGUGAUAAGGUGGGGAAUGGCAAGUAAAUUAAGCAUUAUUGAUCUUGCAAUCAUGUUGUCAUUACAAUGAAAGGAAUUCACAAACUACUGCCAGAGGGAAAUAUAUAUUUUUUUUAAUUUAAGAGGGAAAUGUUUUUAAUUAAAGCGUAAAAAAGAAAAAACUUACAUUUAACAGAAAAGCCUGCAAAUUUGUUUCUUCCAAGCUUAGCUCUUAAAUUUGGAGAGUCAAAAUUAAACAUCCUCAACAGAGUUUUAUUUAUAAUUUUGAAUUGUCAAUUUGUAUUUUGCUACUGAUCUGUGAUCAACCAUUUUAACUUUCAUCUCUAAAGAUGUUUAAAAGGAAUACAUUUAUAUGCUUAUGUACUUGCAAAACAAAUCAACCAUAAAAAAGAAACUAAGAGAAUUGAUACUUUACUUGUGUUUGCAAGUAGGCUCCAUUUUGCAAGUUGAGUAGAUUAUAACCUUGUUAACUAUGCAUAGGCCUAAGAAAGGUGGCAAUGAACUGUGCAUGUAAAUUUUAAAUGGGUAUUUUGUGCAAUUCAUUAAGAUACUCUAUGAAUAUGAUUCUAUAUAUUGAAAUCAGAAACCUUACCAAACAAAAAACAUCAGAAGCUGCUGCCAUAAUGACUAUUUUCUACGGUAGGCUGCUUUGGAAAUAAUUCCCAUAUCCUUGCUUUGUAAGUUGAUAAUAUCACUAUGCAUUUCUACACAUUUUAUAAAUUUGAUUUAUGCAGAUUUUGAUACACUGUAUGUUUCUGUAGAAAUUGUAUAAAUAUUCAAAAUUUUAUUAGGGUAAAUUUGAGAAGUUUAUGUAUAUCUUAAUUCUGGGUUGCUUGUUUUUUAGGUGAGAAAAAAUAAAAUAUUGUAUUUUAAU